CACUAUUUCUCUCUUUAGCCUCGCUCCAACACAGAUUUCUGUAACUUUUGUUUAGAUUUUUGAUUCUUUGUAGUUUAUUAUGGUUCGAUUGUUAUGAUGCAGCGCUUCGAAGAGUUCUAAAUCUUCUUUCUCAUAAGAUAAUCUCCAGAAAACAUAUGUUGUAUCAAACCCUAAUUUUUCAAAUUCUUAUAUCAUAUCAACAGGGUUUUUAAAUUCAUUGUUAUGUUGAGUUAUGGGGUUCCUCCUCUUCAUGGUGCUCGGUUCAGGCAAGAUCAGUGUCGCUCCUCCUCCUGUUCAAAUCAAUAUGUCUGGAUAAUUGCAUCAAAUCAAUCAAUUUGUACCACAAAGGGAAUUAAUGUCUCGAAACUGUAGAUAUUUGGGAAAUAUCUUUGACAAUUAGUUGGAUCGAGAGGACAAAGGAACAAAUGGGUUGUUGUUGCUGCCGUUAAAUUGGUGAACCCACACUUUUAUUGAACUUGAGGAGUCAAUUCUAUUUGGUGAUGUGGCUGCUAAUGCUUUACAUGAUUCUGAGCAUCAGAUUUUCUGAGAGUUUUUCAUUCGGUUUUGGUAUAUCCAAUUGAUCAGAGGCUUAAAAAUCCUAGGGCUUUAGCAGGCUUUAUAUAAUCAGUCACCGGAAGAUGUAGAUGUACACUACAUCAAUGACAAGGAUGACGAAGUUUUGUGGCAAAUUCAUUGUUUGAUAGUUCAUGAAGUAUGGGUUUUAUCUUGGUUUGGUUCCUUGCUGGGGUUUUAGCCUUUUAGGUAGUUAUUUGAGAUUUGAAGGCAAGGAAAAGUGUUUCUUUUUGGGUUACAGGAUAUGAGAACUUAUCAAACGGCCUCAAUUAGAUCUUAGGGUAGCUGCAAUCCAUGUGAAUUUUUAAGAGACUGAACUCUGCUACAGUAGCUGUGUUGGGAAUAUCUUUAACGGUACUAAUGUGGAGCACAUCUUAACAAAGAUUAAAUUUGAGCAUUCUUUCCGGGUGCUGUCGUGAACAGGUUUUCUUAGUUGGUAUGAAUUGAAGUCUUUCCUCCUGACCAAGAAUUCGUCUCAUGCCAGAAAACUCCUCGAUUUUUGCUCUAAGAAGUAAUUUGUAUCAUGGUAAAGCACGCAUCACAUCAUUCGUGCUAGAAGCAUGAAUUAUGAUGUUGAGAAGAAGAGAUUGCUUGGUCGAGUGGAGUUUCAUGAAUCUGAAAGAGGAUGGUGGGAAACAUAAUGCUAAAAUUUGUGGAGGACUCGCUAAAGAAUGUUGCAAGGCUGUAGAACGAAUAGAUGUAGUGUUGAUGACGAAAAAGGGAAGUGAUGGUAAUGUUUGUAUUAUCUGCAAGCGUGGUGGGAGCGGAAUGCUCAUGUGGGUUACAGUUGUUCUUUUCAUCUUCAGUUCAUUUGACACUGGCACUCAAUACCGAAAUUUCAAGGUGUUGUGUUAAGAAGAAGAUUCAGUAAGGUGCGCGUUAUUUUCCUGGAGGAGUAGACUCCAAUCUGGACGCCAAAGAUUGUGGUAAGCUGGUAGUGUGUGGUUGUUUUCUUAUUUAUACACCGCUUUUUGCUUGCAGCCACUGUAAGUACUCCAUGGUGACAUAAGGUUGGGUUUAUGUUCAAGUAAAGGUAGAAAAGCUUAUGCCAUUAUUCAAUUUUAUCUUUUAAACAAACAGGUCUAAGUGUGUUUUCAACUUACGUUAGGAAAUCAUAUUUGAUGUCUUAGCUCAAAAGGCAGAGCACAUGGCUUUCACCCAUGUUUAUUGUGGGUUCAACUCCCACAGAUGGCUUGGUUAUAUGAGUAACCAAAUCUGGAACCAGUUUAAACUCUAGAUUUCCUACUUUAACUAGAUUUCCUAAUUUAACAAGAUUUCCUAAUCAAGAAAUUCAAAACCAGUUUAAACUAUGGAUUUCCUAAUUUAUCUAGAUUUCCUUAACCUCACAGUUCCCCUAUAUAUCCUUAUAUGUACACCUUUCUUAGCUGAAUUGGAUUUCCUGUUCCUAACAGUUUUCCCACAUAUCUUCCUCUAUAUAUACACCUUGGAAAGUGCUCAGUUUACAAUUGUACCUGUGAUUAAAGUCUGGCACCAUCUGGGAACAGAGUUCUUCAAAGAGGCAGAAGACAACAUCAUCGCAAGCUAGCGAGGAUGGGCAACAAACCAAUAAUGCAAGGUCUGUGGCUGCGAGGUUAAGGUGGGAAAAGAAAAGGCAGAGUGACGGGGAAAAACAAGAGCAGGUGGAGCGCGAAGCAAGGUUGAAGUUUGAACAACAACUUGAAAUUGCACGACAGGCGGAGGAUAUUAGGCGGGAAAGAGAACAGUUCAUAGCAGAUAGGAUAAAGGUAUGAUUAUAAUUAACGUGUGUGUAUAGAUGGAUGUAUGGUUUGUGUUUAAAAGUAUGAUUAUAUUUUGGCUGCGGUUUUCGGAUGCGGAGAGUGGAGGGUCAACCCCGGCAUCGUUUGAACGAGGAGGAAAAAAAACGUGAAAGAAAACGUCAAGAAUUAUUAAAUAUUCGCAGUGCAGGGUCUGGGCAAGCAAUAGAACAACAGGAGGGUGAGCAUAUCAAUAGUUCAUUAAAUGCUCAGGUUCGUAAGUUAUUUAUUUACAGUAGAGACUAUGAGAAUGGUUACACUGUCGAGAGCAACAUUGGUGUAGAAGUUAAUUUGGGAGGGAGUAGAGAACAAUUAAUGCGUCAGCAAACACAAUGCAAUGGUGUUGUAUUAGACGAUAAAGAAUAUAGACAACGUGUAAUGGAGGAGAGGCAAAGACAAACUCAGCUUUUUAGUCAACAACCUUGUACACAAUACAUACUCGGGGAAAAUAAGGCUACCAAAUAUAAGAAGUAUAAUGAUCGGAGAAAGGCCGAGAGAGCGUCCAAAAAGGAACCAGUGCAGAAAGUUAAAAACACUAAACAAGUAUCCGCGAUAAGGAUCUUAUGUGUUGAUUCAAAUGUAAAAAAAUUUAUGCACACACGAUCUACAGCUCAGAAAGCGCGGUGGGCAUCUGUGAGAGAGAAGAAGGGAGAUAUGGAGAGAAUGACUGCUAGCAGUGAUGCUGUCACGGUUCCAAAAUUGGGUUUGGUUCCCAAGGCACGCGUACAUGUGCAGCCAGAAACAUUGUAUGCUUUUUUGACUGAGGAGGAAAAGUAUAAUAUACUUCUAAGAAGUGGACAAAUCAAGGUUUCGUGGACAAAUCAAGGAACAAGUUGUGGUGGGACAACAAAAUGGCAUUUCUAUUGGUGGACAUAUUCCAAAACAUAAUAAAAUUGUGAGAUUUCUUUAGAAAUAUUGAGGGUCAACCAUUCAUGCUUUAUUUGGUGCAGGAGUUUUUUGAGGCAUCGUAAAUUUUUUAUCUUUAAUAACUUUAAGGGACAAUUUUUACUAUUUCAAGUUCUUUGUAUUAAAUCUUUAAUUAACAUAAAUUUUAGAUGUGGACUCUUUAAGUAAAUAUCCAUUUUAUAAUUUUUUUUUCA